AUGUCCGGGCCCCCAGCCCGCGGAGACGAGGGGACCACCUUCCAGCACCUGUGGAGCUCCCUGGAGCCGGACAGCACCUACUUUGACCUGCCCCCGGCGAGCCAGGGCCGCGGCGAGGGGGCGUGUGGCGUGGAGGCCAGCAUGCUGCCCCCGGCGAGCCAGGGCCGCGGCGAGGGGGCGUGUGGCGUGGAGGCCAGCAUGGACUUCCAGCUGCUGGGCAUGGCCACCCCAUCCGUCAUGGCCCAGUUCAAUCUGCUGAGCAGCACCAUGGACCAGCUGGGCGGCCGGGCCGCCGCCGCCAGCCCCUACCCUGCCGAGCACGCGGCCAGCGUGCCCACCCACUCCCCGUACGCCCAGCCCAGCUCCACCUUCGACACCGUGUCGCCCGCGCCCGUCAUCCCCUCCAACGCCGACUACCCGGGCCCCCACCACUUCGACGUCACCUUCCAGCAGUCCAGCACUGCCAAGUCCGCCACCUGGACCUACUCGCCGCUGCUGAAGAAGCUGUACUGCCAGAUCGCCAAGACGUGCCCCAUCCAGAUCCAGGUGUCCACGCCGCCGCCGCCGGGCACCGCCGUGCGCGCCAUGCCCGUCUACAAGAAGGCGGAGCAUGUGACCGAGGUGGUGAAGCGCUGCCCCAACCACGAGCUCGGGCGCGACUUCAACGAGGGACAGUCUGCCCCCGCCAGCCACCUCAUCCGCGUGGAGGGCAACAGCCUCUCGCAGUACGUGGACGACCCUGCCACGGGCAGGCAGAGCGUCGUGGUGCCCUACGAGCCGCCCCAGGUGGGCACGGAGUUCACCACCAUCCUGUACAACUUCAUGUGCAACAGCAGCUGCGUGGGCGGCAUGAACCGCCGGCCCAUCCUCGUCAUCAUCACCCUGGAGGCCCGCGAUGGCCAGGUGCUGGGCCGCCGGUCCUUUGAGGGCCGCAUCUGCGCGUGUCCCGGCCGAGACCGCAAAGCCGACGAGGACCACUACCGGGAGCAGCAGGCCCUGAACGAGAGCGCCGCCAAGAGCGGGGCGGCCAGCAAGCGCGCCUUCAAGCAGGGCCCCUCCGCCGUCCCCGCCCUGGGCCCCAGCACCAAGAAGAGGCGGCUCGGGGACGAGGACAUGUAUUACAUGCACGUGCGGGGCCGGGAGAACUUUGAGAUCCUGAUGAAGGUGAAGGAGAGCCUGGAGCUGAUGGAGCUGGUGCCCCAGCAGGUGGUGGAGUCCUACCGGCAGCAGCAGCAGCUCCUGCAGCGCCCGAGCCACCUGCAGCCUCCAUCCUACGGGCCGGUCCUCUCGCCCGUGAACAAGCCGCACGGCGGGGUCAGCAAGCUGCCCUCUGUCAACCAGCUGGUGGGCCAGCCGCCCCCGCACGGCCCCGCGGCCGGGCCCAGCCUGGGGCCCAUGGGCCCCGGGGUCCUCAACACCCACGGCCACACCCUGCCAGCCAACGGCGAGAUGAACGGCAGCCACAGCUCCCAGCCCAUGGUCUCGGGGUCCCACUGCACCCCGCCUCCCUCCUACCAUGCCGACCCCAGCCUGGUCAGCUUCCUCACAGGCCUGGGCUGCCCCAACUGCCUCGAGCGGCUCACGUCCCACGGCGUGCAUAGCGUCUACCAGCUGCAGAGCCUCAGCCUGGAGGAGCUGGGCGCCCUGGAGCUCCCGGACCAGUACCGGCUGGCCAUCUGGAGGGGCCUGCAGGACCUGAAGCAGGGCCACGAGGGCGGGGCGCAGCCGCUGCUCCGCUCGGGGGGCACCGCGGCCACCUUCCCGCUGGGCGCCGGGGAGCUGCCGCGCCAGCGCGUCAUGGAGGCCGUGCACUUCCGCGUGCGCCACACCAUCACCAUCCCCAACCGGCCCGGCGCCGCCGCGCCUGACGACUGGCCGGACUUCGGCUUCGACCUGCCGGACUGCAGGGCGCGGAGGCUGCCCAUCAAGGAGGAGCUGGCCGAGGCCGAGGCCAACUGA